CAGAAUUCCAUUAACACACUUGCGAUACUCCUACUUUGGUACUGUUAUUACGGAAGUCGGAGGAGAAAAAUGGAGAUGCAGCAACUCCUGAGCAUGGGUUUCCCAGAAGAGACCGCCGCCCAAGCCCUCGCCGCCACCGGCGGCGGAUGCCCCCUCAAAGCCACCGACUGGAUUCUCACCCACACCCAGAAAAACUCUUCUAACGAUAACAACAAUAACAACUUAAACCCUAAUAAUAACAGCCCCAAUUCAGCCCACUUCCAGCCCAAGCUCGACCGCUUCUUCCGCUUCCAUUCGAAACCACCUCCUUCAACCCCUUCUCCCUCUCUCUCUCCCUCUCCCGCGCUAAACGAAGCGCCACCGAAAUAUUCCAGUGAAGAAAAAGGAGAAAAAGAUUACGACGAAGAAGAAGAAGAUGCAGAGGCACAGCACAAGAAGCGCAGAAAACGAGAGACAGCAGUACAAUUGCCGCCGCUUCACGAGCCGUUGUCGGAGCGGAUGCGGCCGCGUAGGAUAGACGAGGUGGUGGGCCAGGACCACCUCCUGGGCCGCAACUCCUUCCUCCGCUCUGCCGUCGACCGGAACCGCCUCCCUUCUGUUAUAUUCUGGGGCCCACCUGGCACUGGCAAGACGUCCAUUGCUAGGGCCAUCGUUAGUUCUUGUCCCUCUUCGUCUUAUAGGUUCGUUUCGUUGUCGGCCGUGACUUGUGGGGUUAAGGACGUUAGAGACGCGGUCGAUGAGGCUCGAAAAUGGAUGAAGAAGGGAGUGAUGAAGGAGAAGAAGAGAACCGUCUUAUUUAUGGAUGAGGUGCACAGAUUUAACAAAUCACAGCAGGACUCAUUCCUUCCCGUAAUCGAAGACGGGAGCAUCGUGUUCAUUGGGGCUACGACAGAAAACCCCUCGUUUCACUUGAUUACCCCAUUGUUGUCUCGCUGUAAGGUCCUCACACUGAACCAAUUAUCUCCCGAACAUGUUUCUGCUCUCCUCAGGCGAGCUGUGGAUGACUUGGACAUGGGAUUGUCCCGCAGCGUAGAAGGAAUUAGAGUGAUCGAAGUUGAUGAUGAUGCCAUUGACUUGAUGUCGUCCCAUUGCGAUGGAGAUGCCAGGGUAGCAUUGAAUGCCUUGGAAAUCGCUGCUACAGCUUCAGCAGCACGAUCUGCAGCGGUGGGUGGUGUGGUAAGAGUUACUGGGGAGGAUGCGAAAGAGGCACUUCAGUGCAAGCAUCUUGCUUAUGACAAAGCCGGUGAAGAGCACUACAACCUGAUCAGCGCGUUGCACAAGUCUAUGAGGGGUAGCGAUGCUGAUGCGGCUAUUUAUUGGCUGGCGAGGAUGUUACAAGGAGGGGAAGAGCCUCUAUACAUCGCUCGCCGUCUCAUCAGGUUCGCCAGUGAAGAUGUUGGGUUGGCAGACCCAUCUGCACUCGUGCAGGCUGUUGCCUGCUACCAAGCUUGUCAUUUCGUGGGCAUGCCAGAGUGCAAUGUUAACCUUGCACUGUGUGUUGCGUACUUGGCUUUGGCUCCUAAGUCGGUCUCUGUUUAUCGAGCUAUAAAGGAUGCACAGAAGGCGGUGACGGAAUCUGUUGGACAGAAUGAGGGAGUGCCUCUCCAUCUGAGGAAUGCACCGACUAAGCUAAUGAAAGAACUUGGCUAUGCGAGGGGCUAUAUCUAUCCUCCCGACGUUGACAAUCCUUCCUUGCUAUCGCAGUCCUAUUUGCCACCAUCCCUUCAAGGUUAUAAAUUCCUCCACUGGCCUAGUGGCCAUAAACACUGAUCAACAAGGAGCUAUUUAGAGACAUGUGAGACUUUCUGAAUAUUGUGAGUUCUAUAAUAUUAUUAGAGGCGUUUAUGUUUUGUCCAUGGUGUUGGGUCAUUUUUAAGCACUUUGAGAAGCAUCACAAUGAGGAACGAAAAGGAAGAUCAAACUGUUGUGGCCCUGUAGGUACUAAAAACUUACGCUGCUGUCCGUAAGUAUUUUACGGUUGUUAUGUCUGUAAGUAUACACCGCAAAACCAAACAAUGUCCACCAGCGCGAAAGACGGUCUUCCUUGUCGAAGAAGGGCCUCAUGAGACAGAAACAUCACAAGGCAGGACCUUAUAAAUCAUUGGGGAAAGAACGGUGAACCUUUCUUAAGAUAUUACUAUUGUUUCCGCUGGCGAAAAAAUGUACUCCAGUUUGUAACAAAAUAGGUAUAGUUUCUGGUACUAUAC